CCGACUCACAGCAACAGGUGGUCCCUGCUUGGACUGAAGUCACCCCAUAGGAUCUGCAGAGGAACGACGAGGGAGGCUCACUCUCCCCGGGGCUCGGAUGAAAGGAUCACUGCGGGUUAAUGGUACAUUUACACAAAGGACGAAGAACGUUUUGUAAAUAUUUUGCUGACAAACAGUUGGAUAGGCGAUUCACUGGAUAAUCUCAUUCGAACAUCUAUAAGCACCGUCAGACAGUCGACUUCCUCCGAGCGCAGCCCGGACCGUCAGCGCUGACACAUGCAUCAGCACAGCCAGCAGCACGCCUUCACCCCCAUCCUGCUCCCGUCCUCCACCGUCCUGCUGGGGACUCAGGACAGAAAUUUCAACACGCACCUUCCAAGACAAACACCGACGGCCUCGUUGGCUCCCGUCACUGCCUUUCACAAAGUGGCGGAGAAGUCCUUCAGAUCAAAAGCUAAAAGCAAAUGGGGCUCACUACAUGUCAAUAUUGCAUGGAGGAUUUACUACCACAAACUCAAGCUUCUUCACGAGCUGACAGCUGAGCAUCCUGUCUUCAGUCUACCUGAUUCAGUGCAUCACAAGGCCUCCACCCUACACCCGUAUUUUGGCUCUCCGUGUGGACACUCUGCAUAUGGAAACACUGGUGACAGAAGCUAUCGCCCCGACCUUCGCACAUCCUCACCGGUGUCUUGCCACUGUCGUCCGCGCAAGACGGAGAAGCUUGGCCGGGAUAAGCUGGACCAGAAGACAAACCUGCCCUGGAAAGAGAAACCUGACGAGGAGGAGAAACACAGGAGAUGUCGAACGGAAACGACAAGGGACUUACCUAACGGAGACAAAUCAAAGGAUCCAAAGCUGGUUCCUGAACGUGACGGGAGAGACGGCAGGUCACUUGAUAGGAAAAGGCAGCUUGAGGGUGACGGCUUCGUUCAAGCAAAGAAGACGAAGCAAGAAAUUGUAGAUAAGACUUUGCCCGCGGAUCCUCUCCCUGGCGUUAAAAAUCACCGGCCUUCAAACAGCGUGCAACUGCAACAGAUAGACAUGAGCGAUUUCUCUGUAUGGUGUCCUAACAGCACCUGUGAUGUCUCUUAUGCAGGCGCUCAGCUGCAUCCCUGCCAAACUCUUGCAUGGGAGCAAAUGUGGGGCGCACAUAAGAGAAAGGAUCUGCAUUUUACUCAAAACGGCCUCAGAGAGUAUUCAUGGAACACGUGCAAGGCAAUCAGGACAUCUCCUGCAGCACAGGGGCAAAAAGAGCCUCUUCACUGUUUCUUUACUCCACCUCUGUGUUUCCCUGUUCCUUUAAGGAGGCAGGAGGCUGUUUACCUUAGAGGCAGGGAGGCACUCACAUCAACAUCAACACAACUGUCGUCUUCACUGCAGCUCCCUCACCCUGGACUCCUGGCUACAUGCUACAUGGGGCCUUGAGUCCAUCUGACAGAAGAAUAAAAAAGACAACAGAUGCUCCCCAUAAUGAUAAUAAUUACUUAUUUACAAUAUCUCUGUUGAGUUCUCUGGUUUAUUCAUUGUUUCAGUGACAACCUGUUUUCCUAGAGAUGACAGAUCUUUAGAAAUAAUUCUUGUAUUGUCAAUAAAACUUGCACAAGAACAGUUUUAAUUUGGCAAAAAUGUUCAAAUAAAUAUGUUGGUUUUGAAGCCUGGUUGCAUUAUUUUUUCAAAUGGAUGUCAUACUUAUGCGACACUUAUUUCUAUGUGAUUCAGAAGAUUAACUUUCAUUUGUCUGCUCAUUAUUUAUUUUUUUUUAACUGGGUUUGUCACAGGUAAGCCAGCUUUGGAAGAACUGGUCUGACUGUACCAACACUCAUGUUUGAAAUUGUUUUAAAGCUGAAAUUUGAACGCAGCUUAAAUUAAUAAAAAAUAAAUAAAUAAACGAUAACCGACAUAUUACAGUCCAUAAACAUGCUAGUAUUAGCUAAACGCUAACAUGCUUUCUUGUUGAUGUCAAGCGGGUAUAAUGUUUGCCAAGUUCACCACCUUAAAGUUUGUUAUAUACUCCGCGAAAAGCAAAAAAUUUGU